AGCAGCCGCAGCAGCAGCGUUGGUGCGACCAUGAGGUCAGAGGCCUUGUUACUCUACUUUACGCUACUGCAAAUAGCCGGGGCGGGCUUCCCCGAAGACAGCGAGCCUAUUAGCAUCUCACACGGCAACUACACAAAGCAGUAUCCAGCGUUUGUAGGCCACAAACCUGGCAGGAACAACACCCAGCGGCACAAACUGGACAUCCAGCUCAUCAUGAUCAUGAACAGGACGUUAUACAUCGCUGCCAGGGAUCACAUAUACACGGUGGACACAGACACUGCCAACAGUGACGAGAUCUUUUUCAGUAAGAAAAUGACAUGGAAGUCCAGACAGGCAGAUGUGGACACUUGCAGAAUGAAAGGGAAGCAUAAGGACGAGUGUCACAAUUUCAUCAAAGUCCUCCUGCAGCAAAAUGACGACACCUUGUUUGUUUGUGGAACAAAUGCUUUCAACCCCUCCUGUCGAACCUACAAGAUGGACACCCUGGAGGCUCUGGGAGAGGAGAUAAGUGGGAUGGCACGCUGCCCAUAUGAUGCCAAGCACGCCAAUGUUGCACUCUUUGCUGAUGGCAAGCUGUACUCGGCCACCGUAACAGACUUUCUUGCGAUCGAUGCGGUCAUCUAUCGUAGCCUAGGAGACAGCCCGACUCUGCGCACUGUCAAACACGACUCCAAAUGGCUGAAAGAGCCCUACUUUGUCCAGGCAGUCGAUUAUGGGGACUUCAUCUACUUCUUCUUUCGGGAAAUUGCUAUGGAGUACAACACAAUGGGAAAGGUGGUGUUUCCUCGGGUGGCCAGGGUUUGUAAGAACGACCGUGGCGGCUCUCCACGUGUCCUGGAGAAGCAGUGGACCUCAUUUCUCAAGUCUCGCCUGAACUGCUCCAUCCCUGGUGACUCCCACUUCUACUUCAACAUCCUGCAGGCUGUGACAGAUGUCAUCCACAUCAACGGGAGGGAUGUAGUGAUGGCAACCUUCUCCACACCUUACAACAGUAUCCCAGGCUCUGCAGUGUGCGCCUAUGACAUGGCGGAGGUGGCCAACACGUUCACAGGGCGUUUCAAAGAGCAGAAAUCCCCAGACUCCACCUGGACGCCUUUUCCUGAAGAGAAGGUUCCCAAGCCAAGGCCUGGCAACUGUGCUGGCACUCCAACCAUGGAGAGGUACAAGGUAUCCAACGAGUUCCCCGACGACACACUCAACUUCAUCAAGAUGCAUCCUCUGAUGGACGAGGCCGUGCCCUCCAUCGCUAACAGGCCCUGGUUCCUCAAGACCAUGGUCCGGUAUCGUCUGACUCGCAUUGUGGUGGACAAUGAGGCGGGUCCCAAUAAAAACCACACAGUGGUCUUCCUGGGAUCUGAGAGAGGCAUCAUCCUCAAAUUUCUGGCCAAGAUGAGCAACGGCUUCCUCAAUGAUAGCCUGUUUCUGGAGGAGCUCAACGUCUAUAACCCUGACAAGUGCAGUAUUGAUGGUGUGGAGGACAAGCGCAUCAUCGGCAUGCAGAUAGACAGCAAGAGUCACGCUUUGUGGGUCGCUUUCACCUCCUGUGUGGUUAAAGUACCGCUGUCCCGCUGUGAAAGGCAUGGAAGAUGCAAGAAGUCUUGUAUAGCCUCCAGGGACCCGUACUGUGGUUGGGUGCCAGAAGGAGCCUGCAGACAGGUGGUUGGCAACACCAAAUCAGCCUUUGAGCAGGACGUGGAGCAUGGUAACACAGAUGGCCUGGGAGACUGCCAAAACACCUUUGUGGCACUGAACGGCCACCAUCACCGCCACCAUCACCACACCCUCUCACUCCCCACCUCGGCCCUACCCGAGGCCGCAGAGGGCCCCCUGGGGCGGGGCCGCAUGGUGGAGCGGAAGGACCCCCCCAUGAGCUCAGACAAAGGGGAGGACCCCUACGUAGCUGUGCCCUCUCAGACUCAGCCCGAAGCCAAUGGUGUGAUCCGUGAGAGCUACCAAAAGGGUCGCGACCAGCUAGUUCCCGUGACCUUGUUGGCCAUCGCUGUCAUCCUAGCCUUUGCCAUGGGCGCCAUCUUCUCUGGUAUCAUUGUCUACUGUGUCUGUGACCACCGGCGGCGAGACAUGGACCUGACAGGCCGCAAGGAAAAGGACAGCCACCACCUUCACGCCCGCCGGGGAUCCAUGAACAGCGUGACCAAGCUGACUGGCCUGUUUGAGACACAGGCCAAAGACGGUCGCCCCGAGGCAAUCCUCACCCCUUUGAUGCACAACGGGAGACUGAAUCAGAAUGGGAAGAUGCUGAUAAAAGCGGACCAGCACCACCUGGACCUCGCUGCUCUGCCAACACCUGAAUCCACCCCCAUGCAGCCUCGUCGUAAGCCCAGCCGGGGUAGCCGGGAGUGGGAGAGGAACCAGAACCUCAUCAAUGCUUGCACCAAGGACAUGCCACCAAUGGGCUCUCCUGUUAUCUCUACAGACCUUCCCCUCAGGGCUUCACCGGGGCACAUCCCCAGCGUUGUAGUCCUGCCUCUGCCACAGCAUCAGCACCAGCUCCAGCCUCAUCUGCAGCAGCACCAGCAGUCCUACCAGCACGAGUACGUGGAGCAGCCCCACCACAGUGACCUCAGUAUGGGCCACAGUGUCAUGGACGACCAGGGGGCCACCCUGGAGUACAAGACAGUCAAGAGCCCCUGUCACAACCUCACCAUGGUUGAUCCUGAUGGGGUGAUGCCACCACGCGUGCCCCAACGAGAGGCCUCUCUCACUAUCCCUCCGGCCGUCCCACAGAUGGGCAAACGCCUGGAAGUGCACUCGUCAGUCUAUGGGCUCCGGAAGGGAUCUGCAUCUGCCGCUUCCGGAUCCUCCGUCCUCAAGAAGCACAAUACCAAUUCAUCUAACUCCUCCCAUUUGGCGAGACAUCACAGCUUCAACCGUGUGGAGACUCCUCCCCCUGCACCUCAGAGGGUGGACUCUAUACAAAUGACAGCACAGGGCAUAUCUCUGUCAAGGCAGCCUGGAAUGAGCUCAUACGGUUCACUGCCUCGAACGGGCAUCAAGUAUCUCAAGCCUGAUGUCCCCCCCAAACCCUCCGUAGUCUCACUUUCGACAAAAGUCAAGUCCAGUGACUCCUGCACAUAGUCAGCUAGUUUGCCAGUCAGUCCAAUGUGAACGGACAGUAGUGAAAGUUUUUUUCUGAAAGAGAGAAAAAACAGGGAAUACUGUACAACUUGCAUCUCCUUUUAGUGUUUUUUGUUUGUUUGUUUUUGGUGUACAGUACAGUGGAAAAUGCAACACAGUUUUUUUAAGAAAACACUUUCUUUUUAUAUAAAUAUGUAAAUAUUAUACAAAUGGUUGUCGUCAUUUCUUGCCGUCAUUGAGCUCAUGCUCUGGCUGGCUCCCAGUUCCUCUGUAAACACACAUGGGAACAUGUGCUACUGAAACAGAAGAAGAUCAUGCUGUCCUGAAUAUUUCAACCAACGGCGCCCUGUAGCAUCCAAGGCGGUGGCUCUCUUGUUCGUGGUGUCUCUGGCCACUGAGACUUGACCUGAUACUUUAUCAUGUUGGUAUAAGUACAUAAGAAGACAGCACGGGGGGUUGGAAAAUAGUUGUUGUACAGUACCUUGAGGACUUGGAAAUCUGAGCGAGCAAACACUCAGAGAGAUUGAGCUCAGACUGAAAGGACAGACAGCUGCCUGGGUUCUGUGAGAAACUGUGAAAAGCCUCUCAGUGUUACAGCAAUCAAGUCCAGCCUGGGUUUGACUGAAAGCCUGGGCCAGAGGAAUCUUCUACUGUACUGGUUACUGAAUAACACAUGACUGUUAAUACUAAUAGCUUGUUGUAUUUAUUUUUAUGAAGUGCUUUUGAAAAAAAAGACUGACUUUUUAGGCUCGGAGAGAGAGAGAGAGGACAGAGAAGAGAUCUUUUAAUAUUAAUUAAUCAAGUGUGAGAAAAAAAAAAACGUAUUUAAAGUCAUUAAACUGGAGCCUGUAGAACUUUCUUGAUGACUAAAGGUCCACUAGGUCUUACUGUGUGCUCAGCGGGACCUUCAGCUUGAGAUAUAUGUGACCUCUGUGAAGAGGAGGAGAUAUUUAUUUAAACUGUGCCAGACAGGGACUUUUACCUUCAUGGACCAGAAUUUCCAUUGUUUUAGACCAAUCAUAAAAAAGACUUCCUGAAUCUCACCCUUUCACUCCUCCAAUGAGCACCACCGCCCCCUACCCCCCCACCCCAAUCAGCACUGUGGUUUUGUGUGAGUCAGUAACAUUUGUCCUGAUUGGUUGCUGGCUUACCAGUGCCAUCAAAGCUCACUGUUGCAUGUUGCAAAUAUAAGAGAAGCAGCUGCAGCAACAGUAUGGGAAUCUGCAUACACACAUACAAAAAGAAGACGUUGCAAGCAAACAGUGCGAUGCCUCCAAUCUCGGAAAGUAUCGUCUCUUUCUUGCGGCGUCAAGCAGAUGAGCAGGUGAAAAAGAAAACUAUAAAAACAUCUGUAAUGCCUGCUUCUUUUUCCACAUGUAAAUUUGUGCCUUACACCCUAAAGUAGUGACAAUGUUUUCUUUAUUAGCUGUUAACUUUGUCUCCUUGUAGUAUUUUUUUAUUUUUCUUACGUCAUGAUAUUUCCCUGGUUUGAUAAAAUGCAAUUAAAGAAUGUAGGUGUUAUUGUUGUAAUUCUGGUCCCUAGACAUAACACACUUACAGUCCGGAGGGAAGAGAGGAAGGAGGAUUCCCUCUCUGCUUUCACUCUUUCUCUCUCUCACACACACGCACACAAACACAAACACACACACAGACAGAAACACACACACACACACAUGCACAUACACACUCAUCUUUGUGGUUCAUUUCUGAUUGUGCCAUUAAUGCGCUUAAAGCAACCCUUUAUGUUGUGCUGGCAGUGUCGAUGAAGACGUUGUGAGUGUUUUUGAUUUUAUAUUUUAUACAAUUUAAAAGUCCUGGUAUUUGUUUCUACUUUUUUUUUGCUGUCUGUUGGUUUGGAGUGAUGGUUGAUUGACUGAUUAACUGAGCAAUUAACAUUUGUUACUUGAGAAGGCCAAUGUAUGUGUAUCUUUCAGGUGCACUGCAAUAAUAUUGCAACGUCAACACUAGCAAACAUACAGUAUGCGAUACACAUAAGCACCCAGUGUACUAACACAGUUCUAGGCUUCUUUUGUGCAUCGUAACACUAACUCAGUAGGCAGUUGCAUAAACAGGCUGGUUCCUGUGAACAAAGUUGACAUUUUAAAACAAGAAUAUUAAAAAAUGUACCCUAUUUAACCCCCUUUUUUGUACGAGAAAACACAGUUUGAGGAAGUUUAGAGAUGCGUUUUUUUUUUUUGCUUCACUAACUCUCAUUAUCAAGGCCGUAUGAAUGGCUGAGAGUUUGACUAAUCUGAACUUUUUUUGCUUUCACUUCCUUUUUACUUGAGGAUUUUCAUUGACCACCUCCCCUCCAACACUUAAAUCAAUGGAGCACUCCCUUAGUGUUGUAUGUGUAGAUAGGUAAAAGUUUCCUUGAUAUCAAGCAAUUUUCUGUUUCUCAAUGGAGGAAAGCCAACUAUGUCUCAAUCCACAUCUAACGUGAGAAGGACGUGUAGGAUCUGUGACCUAACUAAUGUGUAUUGCAGGGUUUGGUUGCCAAUGACAGGGUCAUUGGCAAUAGAUUAGGUUGAAAGGAAAGUUCCCCUUCAGAAAUUUGGUCUGGGGUCAGUUGAGACAGUUAUCCCAGUGAUUACAUAAAGCUAUGAUCUUCACAGUGCAAAUGGCCCAAGAUUAGUAUGAAGGGAUGUGCUUACUCCAAACUUUCAGAAUACCACUGCAUUGUAGACUGGUUACUGGGCACUACAAGGCCCUAUUUAAACCCUCCAGUGUAUUGAGGAGUGCAUAAACCAGCAACUUUCCCAGACCUGGAAUAAUGCUGAUCUACAACUAAAUAUUUCUUGUCUUGAAAUGUUCUGUUGUGGUGGCUCUCACCUUGGAGAAUUGCCUUGUCCGCACAGAAUGUGAACAAGAAAAUCUGUUGAGGUCAGAGGGUUAAAUGUCCACAUCCUGUGUUGAUGAGUCAGUUUUGCUGUGGGUGCAUUUAAGAUUCUGUAACAUCAAGUGUUUUGAUGUCAGAGCAGGGUUUGAACAUUUUUAAAGACUUGAUUGGGUUUGACUGUGAAGUCUGCUGUGGACAGUGAGGUUCUUUGGUGUGUGCCUUUUUUGUCUUUCACCCUUGUUAUAAUACACUGCUAUUAGAUGCAAAUCGACUCUAUUCUCAACUUCUCAACCUUUUGAACUUUGUAAGCUUGUAAGAUAUUGUGACGUCACAAAGUUUUUUGCCCUACUCUCUUCACUUCCUUAACAUCUGAUUCACAGCUUAAUGUAUGUUGUAAAGAAAAAAACUCUUUAAUUUAAUGCAAAAUGUAAUUAAAAAAAUGAAAAUAAAAUUCUUGUCAUGAA